UCAUCUCCCACAAUGCUUAGCGCCAGGAUGUUCUACGUCACAAACGCGACAAAAAUCUGUUGCGAUAAAACAAAUACAGUUUAGAUGUUUUAAUAAUUUAACCACCAUCAUGGAGAUGGAAAAGCCGAAAGAAGAUUUUGCUUCAAGCCAGCCAUCAACUACACCUUCCUCUGAGUCAAAGAGGCCAAAUCAGGCUCUGUACGUCCCUAAACAUCGAGUCCACGCCACUAAAGACAAAACUCAAACUCAAGGAGAAGCUAAACCAAGAACCAAACCUCGUUAUACAGAUAAAGCUAGAAAAAAUGCUAAAAACAAAACGGAUAAGGCGGAAGGAUCUUCACAGAGUGAUGCUGUUCAGUCGGAUGAGAAAGAGGAGAGAUUACAGGAAGCAGAGAGGAUGGUAAAUGGGCAGUCUGACUCAAACAAAGAUGAAGCAGAAACUUCAUCACAGUUGGAAGCAGCAUUUCCCAAGGAGGAGGAGGAGAGCUGGGACACCUUGUUUAAUGAUGAUGGAGACUGUUUGGAUCCUCAUCUGCUGGAAGAGCUGGCUCUGAAGGAGGGAAGAAUAAAGAAGUCUGUACAGGAUUCUAGGUUUGGUUACUACAACAUGGACAGGAGCGGCAACGACGAUGAUGAUGAGGAGGAGAUGGAUCUCACUGAGGAGGAACUUUCUCAUAUUGUAGAGAUCUAUGACUUCCCUACAGACUUCAAGACAGAGGAUCUUCUUAAGUUAUUUCAGUGCUACCAACAGCGAGGUUUUGAUAUUAAGUGGAUUGAUGACACUCAUGCACUUGGCCUCUUCUCAAGCCCCAUAGCAGCUCGUGAAGCUCUAAGAUCCAAAAAUCCACUCAUGAAGUUAAGACCUCUCUCCAAAUCAUCUUCUGCUACAAAGGCCAAAGCUCGUAGCUGCUCAGACUACCUCCUACCUGCUAAAGAGAGACCUCAGACGAGUGCAGCACUGGCUCGGAAGCUUGUGAUCGGCGCUCUGGGCGUAAAGAGCAACAUAACAAAGGAGCAACGAGAAGCAGAGAGGAAAAAGCUCCAGGAAGCGAGAGAACAAAAGCGUCUGGCUGCCAAGCAAAGGGAAGAUGCCUGGGAGGGAAAGUGAAUCAACAUUUGUCUUUUCUCAUUUAACUACUAGAUGCAGCGGAAGCUCAAAACUUUUCUUUCAUUUCCCGUUGUCACUCAUUCCCUCAGCAAAUUUUCUCAAACAAAUAUAACUCUUUUUCUUUUAUUCAUGGUCUCCUUACUCAGUAGCCAGUAGCUGUAAUCUGACAUCCUGUUAAAGCGUCCCGUCACUCGUCCAUCAUCUGUAUUCAGUCCAAGCGGGAGCCGUCUAUUUACUGGAGCAGAAACUGUCCAAGCAUGGUCUCUGUUGAAGCACUGAGAUUUUUCAAUUGUAUUUAUGAAAUUAGUGUUUUCUGUACUGAUCCAAAGUGUCGUGUUUAGCUUAAUAUGCUUUUAUUUUAUUGUUAUUAAAUAAACAUAAUGCUGAUUCAG